AUGGCAGAUACAGUACCUCUGUCCACUUUCGAGAAGUGGUUGAACAAUCAAGGCAGAAUCAACCGAGUCUCGGCAGACCGCGUCAACAAACACAUCGCCCCACGAGCGUCCAUAUUGCAACGACAAUCCAAGACGCCAGUCGCCCCUCGACGGCUGCCACUGCAUGCGUGGAUGGCCACGGCACGUUCCCCAAUCAACCUGGAACUUAUGCGUGUCAAGUUUGAAACCCGGCGCCAAGCCAAUGAUGCCGCCGCCUCCGACGACACUGUAAGUGGCAGUGAACCCAACGGCGUUGACACCUUUGAUGCCACUGAAACGGUCGAACAAGGCGGCGGUACCUCAGGCGAAGACACCGAAACCGACGAUGAAUUGUCGACACGUGACCCAGCCCUCGACAGAACGUAUGGAACCUCCAAAAAGGCGCCAUGCCGCCCUUUCCGAAAAAGCGUGGUGUCAGAAGACGCUGAUCUGUUGGAUAACGACGAUUCUUUGGCCCACAGCGACUUCGCCACACUUCUCGAAGAUUCGAGCCACCCCUUUUCCUGCCCAUUCUCCCCUUCACACCCUUCGGCUGCCUCCAGUGAGGACUCGUACGACAGCGACUUUGAGGAUUACUUCAAAAUGACGUCAGUUCCAGUGAAGCUCCCGAAGGCACUAGGCGGUAAACGUAGUGGAAAGACUCCCCGAACUAAAUGCAGGCCCCGGGACCACACCAAUCCACGAGAUAUCACGCCAGCGCCUGCCCCACCUUCCCCUGUCUACCCCAAGGACCCCAUCACUCGACGGGCCGCCGCUCCACUAUCUGCUGUACCCGCCCCUGUCCACCCCAAGGACCCCGCCACUCGACGAGCCGCCACUCCACUAUCUGCUGCACCAACCCCAGCCACACGCGAGGCUCCAAUGAAGCAUCAGCUACGCCGGCCCCAAGGACUCCGCGAUACCCAUCAAACGCGGGGCGACGGUCCCCCUACAAAGAUCAAGCCCACCAAAGCGCCUCGGAAUCUGAACGAGGCACCCAACGUUAUCGUCCUAACUGAAAGCGAUGAUUCCGAGGACGACGUCAAGUUUGAGCCUGUGGAAGCGGACCCCGAUCCCUUGGCCGCAUUUAUACCCAUGUCGAGACUUGUCAGCCCGGUUUGA